ACGCUUCCUUUUUCCAAGUAGCUUCGGCUGGAGCGGAGUCUUCCGCGCCCUCUCUGUGCGCUUGCGCACUGUGACCCUGCGCAGCGCGGGAGGCGGGUCUUCGUUCCAGGUGCGGACGGCGGCUGGGGCGGCCGAACGGCGAGGGCCCCUCCCCAGUAGCCUAUGUCCCUCGUUCGUGGUCAUGGAGACGUGUCGGCCACCGCGGCGGUGCCUCUGUCUGAAGAAGGGGAAGUGACCUCCGGCCUCCAGGCUCUGGCCGUGGAGGAUCCUGGAGGCUCCUCGGCUCCGGCCAGGAAAGCCGAGGAAGAGGGGGACGGAGGCCGGGCGGAGACGGAGCAUGCGGGGUCCGGGGCGGAGGAGAUGCCGGGAGCAGCCCCCGGCGCGGAAGGGGAGGCGCCCGCCCCGGGAGAACCCGAGGACUGGUGCGUGCCCUGCAGCGAUGAGGAGGUGGAGCUCCCCGCCGACGGGCAGGCCUGGAUGCCUCCGCCCUCAGAGAUCCAGCGGCUCUACGAACUUCUGGCUGCCCACGGGACCCUGGAGCUGCAGGCGGAAAUCCUGCCCCGCCGGCCACCCACCCCUGAGGCCCAGAGCGAAGAGGAGAGAUCCGAUGAGGAGCCCGAGGCCAAAGAGGAGGAGGAGGAGAAACCGCACAUGCCUACGGAAUUUGACUUUGACGAUGAGCCAAUGACCCCGAAGGACUCCCUGAUUGACCGCAGACGCACCCCAGGAAGCUCUGCCCGGAGCCAGAAACGGGAGGCCCGCCUGGACAAGGUUCUCUCAGACAUGAAGCGACACAAGAAGCUGGAGGAGCAGAUCCUUCGUACUGGCAGGGACGUGUUCAGCCUGGACUCCGAGGACCCCAGCCCCACCAGCCCCCCACUCCGGUCCUCCGGGAGCACGCUGUUCCCCCGGCAGCGGAAAUACUGAGUGCUGCCGCCGCCUUUAGGGUGCACAGCGUUUGCCGUCUGGGGUCCUUCCCUAACCCCGGGCGCUGGACACUGGGCCAGGAGAGAGAGAGGAGGAGAGAGGAGAGCCUUCCACGCCCCCAGCACGGCCCCGUGCCAGAAAGAGAACGCGUGUGCGCCUAUUAACGUGCUUUCUGUGAAACCUCUCUUCCGAGACCUGAACUGAAUUUUCUGAAUCCAACAUUAAAAAAACGCUAAGUGA